AUGGACGCUAUUUUGAUGAGUCACAAGGGACGAGUAGAACCCGAAAAGCCUCUUUUUGCUGUGAAGAGGGCAGAAGUGGCCCCUUCUAGGCUGCCGAGCGAGGGCAUGCUAUUUUGCGCCCAAGGCGGCGGAUUUGUUUCAACUAGUGAGAAACUGCAUUCUGCUUUCGCUGAAUAUGAUGCAAAAGAAGAACGACAUGCAACCGCGGAGCAGCGGUCUCGUGCAGUUGCUUUCGGGGGAGAAGACUCGGACACUGACAGCGAUCAUGAGGAGUGCACAGACGAAGAGGCAGAGGAGUUGGUGAAGUUUAUGUCGGGCGUCGUGUAA